AUGGAUGGUGGGUGUACAAAGGUCGAAGAACAACUAAGUUCAAUGUCAGCGCCACAAGGUAUAAAAUUUCAAAAAGAAGAAAAAAAAGAUACGUGAAUCAAGAUGAUGCUGGUACGUCUCUGCAGCCCAGAAAACGACAGAUGCAAGGUUUCUUCAUAAGCUUAAUAUUGUUGUGAAAAAUUGUAGUUACAGAACCUGCAGUUGUGGUGACCAAGCUUCCGAAACUUGAAGUUGGAAAAGAAGAAUCUACAUCUUCUAGUAUUUCUCAUCGACAAGGUUUAUAUAACCUCUAAUAUAAUUCAGAUAAUACCGUUUCUUCGCGCAAGAUUUUUACGGUGAAAAAAACAAUGGGGAAGGAUGGUCAAUUUCAUUUCCUUCGCGUGGCUACUGCUCCACCGAAAGUUGUUGUAAAGGUUUUUUUUUAAAUCUUCGCAAAUACUUAUUUUACGGUCACAAUCUCAGAUCUAACGAACUGAACAUUCGAUUAAACACUAUAUAAUUUCGUGUUCAAAUCCCGAAUUUCAAAAUAAGCGUCAGAGAGUAAAAAGAACAAUCAAAUUUGGAGAAUAACAAAAUAAUAUGUAUUUCGCGUAAUUUCUUCGAACAAGACUUGUUCAGGACGUAUACGAAAAGGUGGAAAAUGACUUUCCGCCUUUUUUUUUGAAAAUACAAAAGACUUGAAAUUCGCUAUUAGUUCAUGAAUUCCGACUUCUCGGUGACUAGACUUUAAAGGAGGAUUCAGAUUGGGAAAAACAUAUUUUAAUUUUAAUAAGACUACUACAAGUUAAUUUCGUGUUAAAGAAACAUAGCGGAGAAUCAUUUUGCACUAUAUUGCAUACGGCCUCUGGAUUUCAGAAAUGAAAAUUUAAAGGCGCAUUUUAUAGGGCUUUGAAGACACUUUUUGUGUGCUUUAUAUGCGCAGAAGUUUUACAUGAACUAAAAAUACACACAAAAAAAACGGUUUUUAAACUGUAUCUAGCGCAACCUUUUGUUUUGUAUAUUUAAUGAAAACUUAUGCAUCUAUGCGCUCCCUGGAACUUUUAUGAUAAGAAUGGUUUCAUCGUGGAAUAAAUUGCAGUUUUUUCUUAUAUUUUUUUACGAGAAAUUUAAAAUAGGACGAGUUUAAACUAUUCAAUUAAAAGUGUUUAAUGUUUACCUGUGUAUGAGUAUGCUCCGCAAUUGAGACAAUUUUUCCAGAACAAAGGAGUGCGCUAUUGAAUAUUAUGGAAAACUUUCGCGUGCUUUUCUUUAAAUUUUGAAUUUUAAGCAACUUUCUUCAUGUGUCAUCGUUAGUUUAUCAUAUAAAUUUAUGGAUCGUGUUUCUGUUUAAAAUAUCACAUGGUCCGCCUUCAAACUAGGAGUCGACAAUUUUCUAGCAGUCCAAUCAUUUCAGAGAGCUUUUCCCGUUGCAAGUCCUUCCACUUCUGAUGGGAUUAAGUCAGCAGAAAUUUCAGAAUGUAAAUGCGAUAUUCAUUACUUCUGAAUUUUUUUUUCGAAUUCAGAUAAAAGUCCCUCGAAAAUGCCUGCUCUUGCUAUGGCGACUGUAACUUCAGAAAGUAAACGAUAAGUGUUCUGAAAGAAUAAAAGAUUGCCAAUUUCAGAGCCACUGGAUCUGGAAGCUUUGUUGAAUGGCUCAAGUUCAAUAUCAAAUCCUCCAAUAUCUACUUUUUCUGAUCCGGUAAACCAUUAACGUUUAGUCUUUUCAUGUAAAAUUUUCGCAGACAGUUUUCAACGAGUCAGAAUUAUUCCCACGGGAAACUAAAGAUGAUGAGUAAGCAUUUUAUAGAGUUUUGUUCACGAUUGUAUGUUUAGAGAAAGAGAUGCGACGGCAGAAGGUGAAAAGAAAUGCCUCUGUGAUUCAGCGGCCAACCGUAUGACCAUGUAAGUGAAAAGUUCCAAGCCCAUCGCAUAAUCGAUUUACUUCUUCUUUCAAAUAAAUUGAAAUAUUCGUUUCGUAUUGAAAGAUCAGCCAAUUAAGGAGCCAGGAAAAAGAUAAUAGCUUCGCAAUCACAAAAAUGAGUUUUUUGAGUUUGAAAAGCAAGUCAGAAAGUGCUUAUUUUUCAAGUUUUCACUUAGGCUUCUGGCGAGGAUGGAUGCGAGAUUGAAUUGCAUGGCGAAUUCUCUGGAUCGACUUCUUCAAUUCGAAGCCAACAAAGCCAAAUCAACUCCAUUGCAACAAACUUUGGCUAAUCAAAACAGUGAUCAGGGACCUUCAUAUAAAAAACCCCUAGUUCGUGUUUCUUCUUCAGUUAUUUACGUAACGCCUAUCCAUCAUAAUUUUUCAAUUCAAUUCAACCAUUUUAUUUUUCGCAACAUCGGGAUGGUAUGGUGAUGUUGCAGGGAGGGAAAAAGACCACUAGGUGGAUUAACUAACCCCACCUGUGAAGAAAAAGAAAUUUUUUGUGUGAGAAAAGAAACAUAGAACCAUAAUAAGUAGAUAUUUAAAACCAAGUUAAUUAUGGCCAAAUCUUUGGGUCUAAAUAGAAAAUAUCAUCUUCUUUCAGUAACUUUUUUUUUGUUGCAGUACCCUGUAAGAUCUCCGGUCAUCGCCAUGCCAAUCGUACGCCCUUAUAGGUAAUAGUUUUUAUUUAUUUUUUGUUCUAUUUCAGUCAUUUUCAGCGAUAGUAUUGUCUUGCCGAAUGUAAAAAAGUCCACUGAACGUGGGAAAAUCAUUCGCAUAGGAUUCGCACCAGAUUCAGCGCCUGUUUUGAAGUCAAAAGCAACAGUUGCCCCGAAAUCCUCGCCAUCAUUCAAAAAACAGGUCUCGCCGCAAAAACAGUCGGCCUUGGUAGAGAAACUGUUCAGUUCGAAGGUAAUGAAAAAAUUUCUUGAGAGGAACGAGCCUUUUCUCAGCCUACAACGCCGUUGCUCGAAGGAUGGUCCUUGCGAAAGUCGAUAGCCAAAAUGAUCUUGCGUUAUCCGGGAAGCGAAUUUACCUGGAAACAGUUUUUGGACUACGCGCCCAGCUCGAUCACCAGUUGUGAGCCAGACAUGGUGAAUCCAACUCUUUUUUUAAAAAUCUAUCUCAACCGUUUUCUAGUUGAAAGAUGCUCUGAGGAGUCUGGUGAACGACAACCUUCUUUUUCAAGAGGACGAUGAUGAAGAAAUGCUCGGAGAGGAAACUCUUUGGCAGAAGGAACAGGCUAGUUUAUUUUCCUUUCUUUCGUGAAUGCAACACUUAAUUUGCAGAACAAAGCAAACCUGAAAGCUCUCCGGAAAUAUGACAUGAAGCUGGAAGACUACAUCAACAGUUUGUCUUACACUUAUGAGGACACAACGGAAGAAAGUGGGGACAACGAAGUUGAGAUGAAGCAAGAACCAGAAGAAGAUAUUUAAUACACAUUAUUUUUUUCUAUGUCAUUUUUCAUUUUUAAAUUUUAUUAUUGAUCUCUUUUUGUAUUAAACCGUUUGUUUUUUCGCGCAUAAAUUUCUUUAUAUAUCUCGUUUUCUGGACUUCUCAUAGAAUAUAUCAAUUUAUAGUAGCAAGCUAUAAAAUAUCUUUUCGGUUUGGAAUCGAGCCAAAAGUUGUUGGAAUCUAUACGGCGGUGGCUUUCCAGAAGAUGUUACCGGGUUUCGGCUAUUCUGUAUUAAAUGCAAACAUCCUACAACAGCAAAUUCUUAUGCAAAGAGGUAAAUUGCAAAGCUCUACAUUCUUUUGUUUUUCAAUUAUUGACUUUUCGAAAUGAGAAAAUUCCUACCAAUACUUCCAGUGGAACAGUCGGCGAAUCAAGGCACAAAAAAAUUAUAAAUUCAAUUGAAAAAUAUGAGAAAAAGAAUAAUAUGAAGUCCAAGACUGUUUUUUUGCAAAAAUCAGCAAAUUAAAUCUCAACUAUACUUUAGCAUACAAUCUUCUUUUUUUCACCGAUAAUUUGAAGCAAAAAACUUCGAAGGCGUCUAAAUCUCUUCAUUUUAUACUCAUUUUCACUAAUUGAGACCUGCAUUAUAUAAUUUUUCGAUGAAAGGAAUAUGGUUUGAUUUCUGCCUCGUGACAAAAAAAAUUAUGUAAACAUCGCUAGAUGAUAGCAAAAAAUGGUGAGACCGCCUAAAAAGUUUUAUUGUCCCAACCGUUGUAAUUUUGGCUCCGAACUGCGGCUCCGCACUUCUUUUUCGGUUGUUUUCUUCAGAAAUUUCGAAGCUGAAAGUUAUGAGCGACCACUAAAUCCAAAAGAAAGAUGAAUAUAAGGUUUUCACCUCUUUCAUCCUCAAAACAUGUUUUUGAAAUCAUGUAGGUUUUUCAUAGUGUUUUACACGAUUUGUAGCGAUCGCGUCCGCCGCGAGCCCCAUGCCCAUUCUGAAUGUCCCUUUGCCUACCGGACCGGCAAGGCCUGCGCCGAUGUUGGUUCCUCCUGGAAUGGCGGUCGAAGACGCGACAUCGAGCAGUCCGCAAAUCCCUCAGUCAUCAUCUGUUGAGAAGAUCAAUGGAAAAAGUUUGAUUGUGGUAUUCAGACAUCCGACUGGACUGAGCACAAGCACACUGAUGGCCGAGUUUACUACCACAACCGCGUUACAAAAGAGUCUUCUUGGACCAAGCCUGAAGACUUGAAAACACCUCAAGAGGUCUGUACUCAAUUCACUGCUGGUUUGGGACGAAAAAGAAAAGCCAAUUUAUAGUUCAGCUUGACUUUCAUAUAUUUCGUGCUUCUUUGAAAUUUCAAUGAUUCUGUGGAAUUUUGAUUAAUAUUUUUGAAUAUUGUAUAAAAAACAAGUUUGAAUCAACCCCAUUUUAGAGUUCAUAUUCUACGAAUAAGAAAAGAGCGAAAGUUAAUCCUCUUUCCGUACCAGUUUAAAUACAAAAUUUGAAUUUCAGAAGGCACAACCAAAGCCGUCGACGGGUUCUCAAGUUUGGCGAGAGUACAAAACGGCCGAAGGUCGAAUUUACUACUAUAAUGUCCAGACAAAAGAGACAACCUGGACUAAACCAGAAGCAUUAGGUAAUUUCAACUAUACUAAGUUUCAUAUAUGUUUUCUCAGCAACCAGUGAAAAGGAAGCGCCAGCUGCUCCAGUUGCCGCUGCUGCUGUCGAACCUCCCAGAGACUUUAGAACGGUUUUGAAAUAAUCAUGGGAUUCCCAAAAUUGUUGUUGUUUCAAAACAGGAAUCUGAAAUGGAUAAAGCUAUGAAAGCGACUUUAGCUGCAAUUCCUGGCGUUGAAGAGAAAAAGCCAGUCAUUCCAGUAAGAUUCUCUGAAAAACCCCUUCAUCCAAUGUUUUUUUUUUCUUAGGAACCUUUGACAAAUGAUGAACAAGAUUUGAAAAAGCGACAAGCUGAACGCUUCAGAGAACUUCUUCGCGACAAGUACAACGAUGGUUUGUGAUUUCGUUUAGUGACAGGUUUGAAUUAAAUUUUCUUAAGGAAAAAUCACAGCCGUAUGCAGUUGGGAACAGGCUGUCAAGUUCAUUCAAAACGAUCCUCGCUUCAGAAUUCUGACGAAGGUAGUGAAAUUAUCUCAAAUUUAUAUUUCUGAAGCCAUACUGGAUUUUUAGGUUUCUGAAAAGAAGCAGCUUUUCAAUGCCUGGAAAGUUCAAAGGCAAAAAAAGAAGAGGGUAAGGAAAAACUUUAUACGAUUUGAAAAAUGCAACAAAAAAAUUGUAACAGAAAAAAAAACAGUUUUUACAAUUUCUAGUCUAACGGAUAA